AUGUCAAUGGGUUCAAACAAUGAUGCUGGAUUCUUGCAAAAUAAACGAUGCAAAUGUCAGAAAAAAGCAGGAGUGUACAUAUCAGAAUCAAAGAAAAAUCCAGGGAGAUUGUAUUUCAAGUGUGCAGAUAAGAUUUGUGACUACUUUGCGUGGGGAGUGGCUUUUAUUGGGAAUGCAUCAAAUAUCCAAAGAAGAAGAAGUAAAGCUAUUCAUAUGAAGAAUGAAGAUGAGAGCGGGUAUGAUUAUGAUUUUGAGAGAAACAAUGAAGUUUUGAAUAUCUUGGAACGACUUGAGGCAAACCAACGAGAACGACUUAAAGCUAUGAAAUUCAUGAUGUUGACAACCACAGUGAUGGUUGGUUUUGCCAUGCUAGUGAUGCUGCUCAAGUGA